AUGGCCAUUCGAUAUACCGCAGAGCAUCUGCUCUUCUUGAGGGAGUCGCCACUAUGCGUCAAACCCGAGAAACUGCCUCCGGCCGAGGAAUGGAUGGGAACAAACCGGCCAACGAUCGGCCUCGAUCUCUGGACAAUCCGCUCCUUGACCAGACCACUCGCCGCCCUGGUAUCAAUCAUACUUCGCGGACGAGUACAAGUUAGUUUGAUCUUGGGACAGCAUGAUGUGGAUUGUUUCUGUGAUGCUGACAUUGCGACCCUUCAAGAUCCCGAAGACAUCGUCUUUGCCCCUCCUCGGAUGGCAUUCGCUUCAUCCGGCCGCGGCAGCAAGACGCUGGAUGGCGAAAAGCCAACCAAAGACGCCGAUACGACCGGUCGUUUCGCCUUGCGCAACCGAAAUAGCGAAGCGGAUGGAGACCGUUUGCGCGCGCCCAACGCUGCUCGCCGCCGCGGAGAAAACGAUCAAGACAACGAAGGCUGGAGCACAGUAAAACCCCGCAAAAGUUUUGGUGCUGAGGGCGCCGAGCGCUUCCACGGCCGCAUGGGUGGCAAUUUUCGCGAUGAGAAGAAGCCGCUGCGGGAACCUGAUCGCGAGGUCACUCGCGAUCGCUCGACCAGAGCCUUUGAUCCCUUUGCCCGGGACACCAAGGAUGCCGACAAUGACGCCCGAACACGCACCACUGCUGGCAGGAGCAAAGUGGACUCUUGGCAUAAAUCGGAGUCGACGACGGCGGAUUUGCCCAUUCCCGAGCGAAGAGAGCGGGAUCGGACAAGGAGCUGGAGAGAUCGAGACACUGCCGAAGCUGCCGAUGAUCGUACCAACGGGAGGGCCCCCGACAGGCGCUGGGCCCGCGAUCGCGAACAGCGUGUCGAGCGUGAGCCCGAGUGGUUCGACGAACCUGCCGAGGUACUUCGCGAAGCGCAUACACAGCAAGAUUUCCAGAAGUGGAUGGAGCAGAUGAAGAAGGGCAAAGGAGGCGGCGACUCUUCCGCACCGGCAGCGGCUCCAGCAGCUCCGGAACCUGCUCAAGUCGAGAAGCCUCAACCACCUCCUUCCCAGCCUUCUACCGUCGAGGCUCGUCCUGACAAGUUCUUCAUGGCCUUUGGUUUGCAAAGUCCCUUGGAACCAAACUCUCCACCCACCGAAAUCAGCGACGCCGCAGCUGUCAGGCCCAAGACCGUGGGCAAGUCGUCAAGGUUCACUUCUUUCUUCCACCAGCCCCAAGAGGAGCAGCGAAACAGAGCGGAACAGUCCACGAGCGUACCCCCUGCCUCCACUCAGUUCCCCCCAGGGCUGGGCCCGCUCUCAUCGCUUGCGUCCCCCCCUGAAGAAGAGAAGCAGGCUUUCCAGCAGCUGCUACUAAAGCUUCAGAAGCAAAAGAUGAGCGCCACUCCCCCGGCUUCUUCGCCCUUUUCUCCUCCAUCUCAGGGGAACCCACUUUCCCAGGGCAUUCCACUGUCCCAGGUCAACCCUCUCGACAUGUCGAAGAAGAGCAACUUGACAUCUCCGGAGCCGUUUCAUCAGUACGGCGGAGAGAGGAUCAACGGCGGCAUAGGUCGUCCGCCGCCGCCACAGCAUGUUCAAGAGAUUCUCGCCCCUCGACCCCAGCAGCAGACUGCUCGACCAGACCAGCUUCUCCAAGACCUCGUGGGGCACCACCAGCGCAUCUCCAGUCAGAGUUCGGGGAUGCCUGACCAGGCUCGGAAUAAUAACAAUACCGAGUUCUUGAUGAAUCUCAUGAGAAUGGGGCCUAGUGCUCCCCUGAACAUGCCCCAACCCCAGCAGCAGCCUCAGCCUCAGCCGCAGCAGCAGAUGCAAAAGCAAAUCCCCUUGCAAGAGUCGGAAUUCUCGCCGAGAGAGGCCCGGGGAGUGCAGCAGCGCCAGAUGCGUCCCCAGCCGCCCCCUGGAUUCCCCAUGGACGAGUCGUUCCACAACGCCGAUCGCGAUUCCCGCCUCGGACAGCCCACCCAGAUCUUGCAACGACCCCCUCCGCCCCCCGGGCUUGACCAGAUGCCACCUAGUUGGAUGACGAGCGGAGGCCAGAUGCCGCCACCGCAACAGCGCGGCCCCAUGAUGCCUCCUCCUGGAUUGCCCGGCGGCCUGAACCGCAACGUCCCCAUGCCGCACAUGUUCCCGCCCAACUUCCCUCCUGGUGCCAUGCCGCCCCCAGAUGCUAUGGCCGGUAUGCCUCCUCGCAACAUGCCUCCGCCGCCUCCUGGCUUUUUCAACGGACCGCCUCACGGGUUCAUGCCCCCUGGACUCGGUGGAUACAACGGACCCCCCGGCCCGCCAGAGGCUUUUGGCGGAUCUCCUUUUGAGGCCCGUGGUAUGCCUCCAGGCGCCGCCGGCCGGGGCGCCGCUUUUGGUCGGCCGUAG